GUUAUAUUCUGUCUGCUUUAUGCUGUGUUAUUUACAUAAACAUUUCUGUUAAUAACCAUUUUAAAUGUUACAAUGACAUAAGAACACGAAGAAAGUUUUUGAUAAGUAUUUUAUGCAUAUCCCCUGCAUCUACAUACUACAAAGGCCUGCACCAGGAUAUUAAUGUAACAAUAGUCAAGUAACUUUUGAGUAUCCCCUGGAGGAUAUUUAUCAAAGCAGCAUCAGAUGAGAGAGAAAGCACUUCAAGAGAAUGAAAUAAGGAAUUCAGGUAAGGGUGACUGAUCAUAUACGCUCGCUUUAUACACCUACAAGGUGGAGUGCCAAAACUAUAGACUGGCACAACAACUAUUGAGGAAGCUUUAGCCUAACUGAAUAUUACGUCUCUGUGGGCUUACCGUCAACGAUUAUUUUCUCAAAGUGAAAUGGCUGCGUCUGCAGAGCUAAGUCUGGAUAUGGAAGUUCAGGCUUCAGAAGUUAUCGAGAUAGAAGAGGAUUUAGAAAAAGACUUUGAAGAACUUGGUCAUGAUUUAGAAAUUCCUACAAGGAGGGACCUAAGUGAGUCUACUAACACUGUAUUAAAAGACAUUACACCUGUUAUUGAUGACAAUUUGGCAGACUCUCAUAGAGACAAGAAUGUCAGUUUUAAAGGAAAUUAUAUUGUCAAUGACCGUAUUACUGUUCCUAAAAAAUAUGCAGUUGAAGAGAACCCUGAUUAUAUCUAUUGGAAGACGACUAAUGCACGCCUUCUCGUGAAGAGUCAGCAGGACCUAGUGCGUAACUUACAGUUCAUGAAGGAGGGGCUGGGGCGCAUGGAACAGGAGAUCAACACAUUGAAAGAAGGACUGGUCUUCUCGAGGAGAUGCAAUAAUGUCAAAACAAUGCUUUUCAGCCCAGAGGGAUAUUCAACAUGUUAACAGGUUUGCAUGGUGGGAUUCAUCAAAGCAAACAUUGGAUAUGUAUAUUUAAAGAACUAUUAAGUAGUGUGUGAUUUCCCAAAAUAUUAGAUAUAUCCUGAAAAAAAGCUUUGCAUUGUGAGAUUUUCUGUAGCCAAUAUGGAAUAUACAUGGCUAAGCAAUGCAUACUAAGUCAGCCACAAGAUACAAGAGCCGAGCUUCACAUGAUUGAUAAUGUGCAUGCAUUUUUAGUGAUGCUUCACUAUUUAAUGGACUGGAUAUUGGCCUGAAACCAACUAAUGCUUAGUAACUAGAAAGUAGACAACAGGAGGAUAUACUAUAUGGUGUUCAAUUUAGUAUCAUGGAUAUAUUUGUUAUAAUUUAUCAUUUGGAAGUGGUGGUCUUACAUGUAUAUGUUGAUCUGUCCAUCACUCCAUAUGACUAUUACAGAAAAUAUGAUACAAUAUUUCAGGAUGACAUUGAUCCUAUCAAUGAUAGAUUAAAAACUUAUUUGCUAUUUUACAUAAUAACAUCGACAGUAGAAAUAUUUUUUGGAAUAUGAUUGCUUUAUUUAGUUACUACCAGAAUCAAAGGUGAAUACAUACAAAUAAGCUUACAUAUUGUAUAAAAAAUAUAAAAUGAACACAAAAACUAGAACGAGGCUGAUAGGUGCACCUCCUAGCU